GCCGACAAGCCUUCGCUCCGGUCGCAAGUGCAGAGCGCCAUGGUUCCGAGGGGCGCCUUCCUGUUGCUGGCGGUGGCGGCCAUCUGGCUGAGUGGGUGUACUCGCCCAGCAGCUUCGGAAGCUGAUGCGCACGCAACAUGUAUCUGCGUUCCCAGGGGGUCUUGCAGCCAGCCUGUGUCCAACGCUACUUGUGACAGUGAUGAACAAAUAUGUUGCAGCAUGAAUUCCGCUGUUGGUCGCAGAAAGCGGGAAAAACCAGUCAAACCGCAGAGGAUCGAAAAAAAGAAACCUGAAGGAAACGGAAAAAAUAGGAAAUCCUUUCGAAGAAAUUCAAAAAAUGUAACACAAAAAGGCGGACAAAACAAUCUUGCGAAAAAGGUUGUAACCAACACUAAUGGCUCCAAGAAAUGUACGAAGGAUUAUGGGAGAUGUAAGUCCAAGUGCCGCGGUCAGUUUGAUAAUAAAAGAGUGUGUCCCAACGGUAAGGUGUGCUGUAUAAACCCUGCAAAGACUCGGAACAAAGUUAUAGCCAAGGCAAACGACUGCACGGCAGCAGGAGGAGUUUGCAAGAAAUCUAACAAAAAGUGCAAAGAGCCUCUUUCCAUCCAAUGCCCAGACAAUGACAAAAUAUGCUGCACGAAAACCACAAAGAACAACUGCAAAUCGAAGGGCUUUAGAUGUGUAAAAAACUGUAAGGGAACGACCAUGAAAAUCAAAGGUUGUAAGGAAGGAAGAGUCUGCUGCAAGCAAGCACAGAAAGGGAACUGCAAACAAGUGGGAGGAAACUGUAAAGAAGAAGCAAAAUGCAACACGGAAGUCUUAAAGCCCAACAAGCCAUGCAAAGAUGGAAAGAUUUGUUGCAAAAAGGGAAAUAAUAAAUGUAAAGAUCUGGGAGGCAGAUGUCGAAAGGAAGCCAAAUGCACAGGACAAAUAUUUACUCCCUCUAUACCAUGCAAGGAUGGUAACGUCUGUUGUAAUAAAGGAAAGAUAAAUGUAAAGAUCUGGGAGGUAGAUGUCGAAAGGAAGCCAAAUGCACAGGCAAAUAUUUACUCCCUCUAUACCAUGCAAGGAUGGUAACGUCUGUUGUAAUAAAGGAAAAGAUAAAUGUAAAGAUCUGGGAGGUAGAUGUCGAAAGGAAGCCAAAUGCACCGGGGACGUACUCACUCCCUCUGUACCAUGCAAGAAUGGUAGGGUCUGUUGUGAAAAAGGAAAAAGCAAAUGCAAAGAUCUGGGAGGUAAAUGUCGAGAGGAAGCCAAAUGCGACGGGGAUAUACUUACUCCCUCUGUACC